AUGAGCUACAUUGCCCGCCGAGGUCUCUCGACCUUGAUCCCCCCCAAGGUCGCCUCCCCUAACGUGAGUUACCCGCGCGCUACCAUCUUCGACUUCGUGCAUCCCUUCCACACCCGUCCCGCCCCGAAGCCGUUUUUCGCCAUUGGUGCCGCCCAGGAUGCCGCCCGCAUGGAGCGUGUUGUGACCUUCUACGCUGGCCUUCCCCGUGGCCCUGCCGCUGCUGUCAAGCCUACCGGCCUCAUCGGUCGCUACCAGGCCCGCUACUUCAACGGCAAGAACGCCUCCGGUGUUCCCUUCAUCCACGCUAUUGCCGGUAUCCUGAUCCUGGGUUACAGCAUGGAGUACUACUUCCACCUGCAAAACCAGACGUUCCAUUUGAAAGAGAACUUAAGCGACCCUCAGCUUCAACCCGAGUUGACUCUUGAAUCUCGUAUCAUCCUCCCUAUCUUUGUAUCAUCAACCGUCCUUACGCAUACCCCCCCCCUCUUUGCCCUAAUCCCCUUCUGGGACCUCUUGGGCUGCGGAUAUCCCAAGACACACGCGCCUAUCGAUUCCGCGAUCGUGCUCUCCACAUCGAGCCCAACCCGACACGGGCUUUCUCAUCAACAUCCGAGAGAGUUGGCCGAUACCAUCCCUGGUUGUGAUAUCCCAUACAUUCAGGGUGCAACUAGUCAAGGAACCAGUGCAACUGUGGCGAUCCUUGAAUCGAGUAUUGUUAUGGCAGAGCAGAGCAACCGCGAUGUGGUAGAUCAGACCCUGUCGGGCGGCGAGCCUUCGCCUUCCGACGUUCCUGCGAGCACCAACGACAAUCUAUCUGCUGGAGGGGACGCAGGGAAGACCGAGCAUAUCGCAAUGACUACCGCUAUAUCGAACAACUCAAACUUGAAUGAUCAGCAAAACCAUGAGAAAACGAACACUCUUGAUUCGCGGGGAGAAAAAGCCGCCGGUGACAAGGACGCUGGAGGCUCGACAACGGAUACUUCUAAGCAGGGCGCCGGGGUUGUGGCGACCCGAGUUCUUGAACUUAAUGGACUGGCCUCGGCAUCGGACGGCGGAGAAGAUACAGCUUCACAAGGUGGUUCAGAAUCGGAUGCGAGUCGGUCAGAUGGCAGGAACCAAACACACAGUGGCUCAGUAAAAAAACCAGCAGGAUUUAAGCCGGUUUCAUUUGCCAAGUUUUCGGUGAACAAGGUCCCGGGGGUUCCAGCACCACCUAAGGUGCCUGAAAAAGCGCCAACCUCUACAACACCACUUGGUACUCCACAGCCAAGCUCCCGACCCCGCUUGGUUGCGAAGACUACACUCGGCAUGCGUGAUUCGUUUUCGAAGACUGGAGCAGGCGGAGGCAAGCCUGGUGGAUCAGGGCCUGAUCCAAAUCAAGUGUGGAAUAAGAACAGACCUGUUGUGCCCGCUCCCCCGAAACACUUGACUGAUGAAGAACUGAAACAACAAUACGGAAUUCAUAUGACUUCUCGUAUUCAAGAAGAUGGGGCUGUUAGCUCCGAAGCAAAGUGGGCGGAUAUUGAUGACGAUGAAGAUGAUUGGGCCCCUGAGACGAUUGAGUGGACAGAUGGAACUAAGGUCAAUCUUACUCAACCUCACAUUGAACCCCCACCGGCUCCUAGUCAUCGGGAGCCCAAAGAGAAAGAGCUACCGCCCGUAGAGCCAAGCAUCGUGAAGGAGCCCGUCAAGGUUGCACCGAGGCCAGCUGUAUCAAUGGGAUCCCGUGCUAUGGUACUCAAAGUUGGAGCGAACGCUGAACGGCAAGCCAGAACUGCGGGUGCUUCUUCCAACGGUACAAAUGACAAAGUUCCAUCUAGCUCCACAAGCCCAGCACCGCCAUCCAAGUCUCCUUGGGCCCCUUUGCCUCCCGUUGAACGAGUAUCUCCAGUCAAUGCCCCGGCUCAGCCCCAUCAACAGCGCAUGCCCGUGAGAUACCCCCAGAGAGAUGACGGCCAUCAUGCCCCAAUGGCACCACCCAAGGAGAUUGCAGCGGAUGAUUUCAACCGUGCAUGGAAAGACCAGUCAGAUUUGCCUCAGCUUUUCAAUCCUCGAUCUUCCCAGUACGAGCCAGUGGCAGAAACCAGGAGAGGAUCUUGGCGUCAUGACCAACACCCCCGUGCUCUUGCAGUCUUGCAGAGGCCAAAUGAUCACCCAAGUGGACCGGCAGAGCCAUCUGCUGCAUUCCAGACGCACAGGUCUAGCCAUCAGGAUGGCAUGGGCUGGGGUGGCCGUCGUCGCACAUCAUCAAACGUGAGCGGAGGAAGCGGAGGAUUUGCCCGUAGGAUGUCAGUUGGCCGGUUUGAUGCCCCUCCGAGAUAUAAUGAUGCUCGAAGAGGUUCUCAAGUGAACGGUCUGGGUGAUUCAGCAAUAGUGGGCCACGAGCAACACCAUGGCAAAGAUGAAAUUCUUCCGUCUGGUCCAAAUGGUACAACACGUCCAGCUGUUGAUGUAGGUAUGUCUCCUGUGGAAACACAGGCAGAGGUUCCUCAAGUUCCUCAAGUUCCUCAAGUUCAGCAAGAAUCUCAGGAGGACCCUGUUGCUCUGCAAGAGCGUAUUAUGAAGGAGAAACGUCUAGAGGCGAGGCAACGAAGAAUUGAGCAAGAGGAGAAAGAGGAAGCGGCUAAAAAGGAGAGGAUUAGACAACGUCUCGCGGCCAUGGGUCCUGCGCCAGAGAAGAAAGCUCCCGAAACGCGCAACCCCCCCUCAUCUCUUCAACCUCAACCUCAACCUCACUCCCACCCUCUUCAUCCUCCCCAAACCCCUUCUCAACUUCCUAUUCAACCUAUCCACUCUAUUUCUUCACCACCCAAACCUCCUGUUCCAGAACCCAACCGGGAACCAAAACAGUAUGGUAUGAUGAAAGUGCAUCAUCCAGACUCUGUCAAGAAACUCGUUGGUGCACAUGACCGGACAUCUGAGGCCAAACAUCUCAACCGACGUGUCUCAUCACCCCACCAAGAAACUCAUCGUGACUCUGCACCUGCAUCUGCUUCACAUUUCAAAACCGAACCUCACUCACCCGCCCAGAGCAAGGCAUCUGAUCAAAAGCUCGACGAGCACGGUACUCAGUGGCAAGGCAAUUUAACUUCUACUUCACCGUGGUCCCAUCCCAAUAUUGCUGUGCCAUCUACAUCGGCCAAAAACCUGUGGAAACCAUUUGGCAGUGACCGCACUCCAACUCUCGGUAACGGCAUCUUUGACCAACCUCUGGGGACUUUUGCAUCACGCGAAAACCCUCUAGGCCAACUCGGCUUGGAUCCGUCAAAUAUGCCUACCCCUCCCAAGUUCUCUGCUCCUAAGGAGCCAACUGAUUCUUUGCCGUCACCUGAGGCACGUCACCCCUCAUUUGAACCCCUCAAUCCAAUUGGACGCCCCAGCCCAAUCGGACCGCCGAUCACACGAAAUGCUCGUGCAGUUAGCGACUGGAAUAACUUCCACGAGAACGCUUUGGAGAAGGAAUCUCAGAACGCCAAGGAGUUCUUGAAGCGACUCAAUGACAGACAGAAGGGAGCCCCAGCUCCGCCACCUGCCCCCGUGGUUUUCACUGAGACCUGGAAGAAGACCCGUGCCACUGAAGAUGGCAGACGAGUCGUCACCCGGGUCACAGAAAGGGUCAUCAACAACGAGGAAGAUAUCGCCAAGGCCAAGGCGGCCGCCAACCAGCCAUCCAACCCCCUUACCAGUUUUGAUACUCCUAUGGAUGGCCUCAACGUGUCUGACAUGGGUGUUCGUCCAGCCGGCAAUGUUUCCACCCGGAGCUCCCGAUUCUUCCCCUCGGCAUCUGAACAGUCAAAGCGCCAGGUCGUCGAGAAGGAGCGCGGCAGUCCAUCGCCUCCCCCCCCCGAGGAAGUCAGCCACCCUGUCUAUUAUGGAGUCGAGGAGCGGCCGCACGUUAAUAUCCCGGCCCCUAAGCCUCCCAAGCCCGUUGUUAAGCUUCCUCCCAAGGCCAUUGGUCCCCCGGCGCCCCCGCCAACAUUUGCUUCUAUGGCAGCUGCGCCACCGCGUAACGUGGUGCCUCCUUCUUCCACUGCACUGUCGUGGCAGGACAAGAUCAACGGCCUCUUCGGUAAGACCACUCCUACGCAGAAGAAGAGUGUCUUAGCUGUGACAUCGGCAACCAAGGAGCCUCUUCCUGUUCAUGCUACUGCCGUAUCUGUCUCAAUUCCUCAGACCAAGAUUGGUUCACAGGCUGGCGAUGGUGAUUUCGCCGUUCGACAAGUCAAUGAACAGGAUGAGAUGUUUGAAGACCGCGAACCUGGCUCUCUGCCUGCUGUUCGUGUGCCGAAUAUGGCGCCCCAGAAUUCUUGGAGCGCAACUCGUCCAUCAGAGCGAUCCCGUGGGAAGAACUUCAAGCCAGUGCAAUCGCAGAGCAUUCAGCCGUUCCUGGUUGGAUAUAAUGACCGAGAUAAUCAUGGGAACACCCGCGCUUCGGUUUUCCUUCCAGGCGGUUCUGAACCCAAAACUGUUCUUAUCCAACGCAAGGGUGGUCCGCCUCGAGGCCGCAAUACUAAUACCAAUGUUCGACCUCGUAAGGGAAUCAACAACAAGCCUGGUGAAGUUUCUGGUGGUGGCAACAAGAAGCCUACCUCUAACACCGUCCCACGACAGCAACCCCGUCAGCGGACCGGCUGGAGCCCAGAACCCCCCACUUCUCGUUAA